AUAGAGUGCGAGUGGAGGGAAAGAACCCAAGCAGGCUGGGGUCAGGGGAGAGAGAGUGCGUGGGUGUUUUUGUUUUGAGAUGGCAUGGUUUGAAAAAGAGAGAGGAGCGAGUCAGCCCGUCUGUCACUGGCAUGCUGAGUCUCUGGGCCCUGACGCCAGCACCGUUUCUCCUCUCCUCGUCCAGGCGACUGCCCCCCUCCUCUCCUCCUUCUCCAGCUCUGCCGUGCGCAGCUCUUCUCUCCUGCAGCUUUCGCAGCCCCAGCGCCUGCCUGCAAUCCACCCCCCGCUAUCUGAGUGUGAGUUGCUCUGUGGGUGGGGGGGGUGGGGGGUGCUGCCAGGGGCUCUGGUGCUGCUACAGCCAGCAGGAAACCAUCCAAAAGAAUACACACAGACACGAGUGGAGUAGCUUUUGUUGGUGAUGGGCAUCUGGCAUAUUCCAGUGGAUGAGAUUGAUCGCCCUGGCAGUUUUGCAUCUCGUAUGAACCGAUCCAUCGUCCUCUUGCUGGAGGUGCUGUCUCAGCUGAAGGACCACGACACACUGAUAAAAUUCUCUUUCAUGCUCCAGAGAACCCCUGACCAGGGAAAGAAGUAUUUGCGGGAUGUGGAUCGUCAGGUUUUGGCCCAGAGAGCAUUUUUCCUAGCUGUAAAAUUCCUGGAGGACAAUCUGAACAAACUCACAGGGGUGUCAGAGCAGCAUUCCAAAGUGCCUGCGCCCUCCAUGGGGGAAAUGACAACCGCGGACACGUCCAACAGGCCCAGUGCAGAGGACAGCAGUCAUGCACUGCAUAAGAAGCCUGAGCUCACUGAGGAACCCCAGGUCACUGCCCCAGGCCCUGACUCUGGGUCCCGGGAGACCCCUCAGACACAGCCAGCCCUGCUGGCCACAGACAGAAACAGGGGGGAUCAGCAGCAGAGAACUCCAUCUGGGAAGGUGGAGGCUGCUGUGGGAGAGUGGGCCAGAGCAGGGCCAGAGGAGCCCAUGGAGCUGGAUGCUGGCCACUGGGGGCGUCCCUCCAAGACCACAGACUCUCAGGGCAGACAACCAGACACUGAGUCUCCCAGAACUGUCCUGGUGCCUGGGGAGAAAGUGGUUGAGAGCAGCCACGCACCGGAGCUUUCUCUGGAGGACCUGAGCAUCAGCUCCAGACAGCAGCAACAGCAGCAGCUCCAGUGCCCGGUAGCUAAGGGCCCAGUGUUAGCCAGCGGAGCAGAGCAGGGACUAGCCCAGGGGGCGCUAUGCAGGCCCAGCAGGAAGAGGAAGCUCCUGGAUGACGUGGAGUCAGGCGAAACUCUUCUGCUGGAUGCCUACCGGGUGUGGCAGCAGGGCCAGAACGUCAUGACCUACGACCUGGGGCGCAUUGAGAAGAUCAUGUCAGAGACAUACAUGCUCAUCAAGCAGGUGGAUGAGGACGUGGCGCUGGACCAAGCCGUGAAGUUCUGCCAGAUACAGAUGGCCACGUCAGCACAACGACAGUCUGCCGGUGAUGCCCCGACAACAACCAAGUACACUAAGGAUAACCGCGACAUCUUCUUCCCUGCCUCUCUGCCAACCCCGGUCUUGCUCAGCCACACUGCCUGCCACCCUCUGUCCAUCCAGAUCCAGGACAGCCAAGCCAAACUCCAGUACGAGCCCCUGGGCAAGGUGCCCAGACCUCCAGCCAGCGGCUCCCACGAGCAGCGCCAGCACAGGAGAGCCCCCCUGCCCAUCCACCCUGCUUCAACUAUGGCCUUCAACCCCCAAACAGCCAGGUCAUGUGACGUGGUUGUUUCUCCAGAUGAACUUGAGGAGCCUGCAGAAGGACUGUCCUACAGACAGCAGGAGUCUCAUCUGUGCCAACAGAUGAAGCUGGCCACUGUGUCCCCAGGGCAGGAGGCUGCAGGCUGGCCCCAUGACGAGCCUGCUUCCUGUAGUACCACACAAACCUGCUUAGACCAGCAGCUGUAUGGCAGCAGUGAGCAGUCUAAAAUGUUGGACCCCAGUCGUGUGCGCUCCCGCAUCCCCCCCAACAUGCCAAAGCUCUUCAUCCCCUCCACCGUCACCAAGUUCCCCCGGAAAUUACGGUCACCCCGCCUACACCCACCCUGCUCUCCCCCAAAGGAAGUAUCUCUGAAGAAACCAAGCAGAGACUCAAGAAGGUGAUCCUGUCCUCCCAGUCGGCGGCCACAGUGAAGGAGACGCUGAGCCAGCCGGCCCUGGAGGUGCAGGAGACCUCCAGCCAGGAGUCCUCUCUGGAGAGUGAAUCAGACGAUGAGGAUGAGGAGGAUGAUUACAUGGACAUCUGAGCUACUGACCAGCUGUGCCCCCCCACCCCAUUGUCCCCUUCUCACAGCUACAAGAGUGAACAAACCCAGGCUGCUCAUUUGAGCUAGACCUGACUACCGCCAACCCUUCCACCUUGUCUUGAAACAAUGGAAUGGUACAUGUCACUGCAGCUAGUGUCUCUGUGUUGAUGCAGUUGGUCUAUCUUGUAUUGAAUGGGGAAAGGCUCUAGAAAGUCAAACUGUGGAUGACUGGGAUGUUUUUAGUUCAACAACAAUUUAGCAAAGUGCCAUUUUACACUCAUCACACCUGCCAGGUAGCCAAGGUCUCCAUAGUCUUUCACAUGAAAAUGGGAAAGGGUGUAGAAUGAUGAUCAACACUUACUGUAAGUUAAAUGGUCAGAAUUUGUGGAUUGUUGCUAUGCAGACAAAUUCUUAGCCUUCAAUGCAAUUGGCAUCCUUGGCUGUGAUUUAUGCAUCUUUCACAAGUAAUGGGGUCAAAAAUUCAGCCUGCUUUUACUAUAUUUCAACUGCAGCUACAUCCUUGUUGGUGGGAUGCAACAUCCCACACUGAGGUACUUCAACAUGAUAUGUGCCAUGGCAACAUACAACUGUUGCCAGCCAACGUUUGUCCAUACACAUUGAUAUAAGAACCUAAACUGCAAGAAACCCACAGUUGUAUGUUUCCUGUAUUUUCAUGGACACUGCGAUUUACUGAGGACCAUCAGCUGCAAACCAGGCUUUUAUAUGGGCCUCUUAACGCAAUGUUGAGGAACCUACUUCUCCAAAGUUAAUAACCUGUAGCAGAUUGGAUAUGUUUACACUUCCACGUGUGAUGUCUUUGAUUUGUCUUUUGUUUGUUCUAUUUUUGUACUCCACUGUAUUAUUUCAAGUCUCGUUUGAUUUUGUCCUUUGUUUCUGUGUGGAUUUGUAGCUUGGAGGAGUCUUUACCAGGAAGAGGUCUUGUCACCAGCAUUGCUCAGGAUAAUAGACAGAGAGAUGUUUUGGAUUAGCCUGAAUUAGCUUUUGUACAUCACACUUAAAACAUAUUUUCCAAUGAGGCAACUCUUAUAGGGUUUGGGUGUUUUUAUUUAGCAUUGGGGUCAAGUACAUCUCCAUUCUAGUCAAUUUAGGAAACAAAUUCAAUUUAACUUAAUCAGUUGUGCUUCAGUUUAUUAACUGAAUUCACUGGCAUUGUAAGGGAAGGUGUAGAUGUUCCUAAUUCAGGCAAAAUGCCUUCCCGAUGGAUCAGUUUUGGUAAAUAGGUUUAAAUUCAAAGUAAACUCGGAAUGGGGAUAGCUAGUCAGUUGUACAGAAGACAAUAUAAUGUUUUUUACAGAUUGUUUUCUAUAAAAAGGAUAUGUACUGUAUGUUUAUUGUCAAAAACAAGACUUUUUAAAAAGGAGGAAAUUAUGAAUUAAUAAUUGUAAAGGACACCGCCCAAACAAGUCUUGCUUGACUACCUGUAAAUGGAUGUUUGUAUUUUUUGGUGUAAAAUACUGUUUUGUAUUUCUACUGCUGAGCUUCUUAUGGGAAUAUAGAAUGGCUGAAAGGUGACUUUGGGUUCAAGGCUUUUCUUCUGCUCUUCAACCUUAGCUCAGGCUGGGGAGUUGUUGUUCUCUACAUAUUGACUUGCCACAUUAAAGAUGUCACAACAAAAAUAUACUUCAUACACUCA